AUGAGCGACUGUGGUUGUGAGGUGCAGAUUGACGUGCCGGCGUGGGUGCCAGGAGCAAUCGCAUUCGCUAUUUCGGUGGCAGUGGCUAUCGCAGUAUGCAUAACUUACAUUCUACGGGAGAUGGAAAGACACAAGAACUUUUACGGAAGAGAGGAUAAGUUAUCAGCGAGAGAACAACCCGCAGAGGCGAUAAAGAAGGAAGAAAUGGACACAUAUGCUCUAGGUCGAUGCAGUGAUGAGGUGCUCGUGAUCAAAAGUCCUCCUCAAAGAUCGGGCGGACCACCUUCUGGAAAUGUUGGCACUGGCGUGAAGGUGAUGCUGAGAAAAAAGAGGAUCAUUAUGAAGACUCCAAACAGAGCUCCAACUACAUCGAUUCCAACCAGCGUUGAACAAGUAUCACCGAAUUAUGUCAAUAUCACUGUGACCUACGACAAAACAGGAAGGGGUUUCGAGAACAAGAAUGAGCACUUGCAGUUGGUCGAUGUAAUCGGACGUGAGUCACCAAUUCUUGGUUCACGUACAAAGCGUGCUGAGACCUUGACAAUGCUAAUUAAAAAUCGUCUUGAAAAGAUGAUUGGUCACAACUUCAUCAUUUAUGGAUCACUGGAGGAAAUGAAAUGGACGGUCAAAGGAUUGGAAAACUUGAAAGACAAUGUCGAAGAAAUGCAUUUGCAAAUGCGACUAAGCGUUGACGCUUGGAAUUUGAGAAUCAUGGCCUUUAAAUUGACCGAACAAGGAAUUCGAGAAAAAGAGCUCUUUCUUUAUGCUGGAAAAGCUCUUCGUUCGGGAAAGAUGCGCCCAAGUGCCACGUCGGAUACUGGCCAAGCAUUGUCGUCCGCAGGAAAGCCGGCAGCGAACAACAAUGAUGAUGUGCGUUGUUACGACUAA